UCCCCCCCAACUGACAACAACAACACCAAGAGCUCUCUUCUCCAACAAUGGCGAUCAUCGAGGUGGUGGACGGGCAGGAGAUCAUGGAGGCCAUGGCGAACGGCGCCCACGGGCCCGGGGUCGCCGUGGCCGUGGUGAUGGCGAACGACAUCCACUGCACGGGCGGCGCCAUGGCGCUCACCAUGGCCAACGGCGUCGAGUGCCCCGGGAUCAUCAAGGUCGGGCCCAACGGGUUCUCCAUCGAGAUGCUGUCGGACCCGCUGGCCAGGUUCUGGCCCAUGUUCGUGCCCUACGUCAUCUGCGUCUGCGUCUCGGUCUUCUCCAUCGUCAUGUACGUCAACGACUGCCCCGGCAACACCCCCGGCGCCGCCGCCUCCUGCGUCGCCGCCGGCUUCGGCCGGGUCUCCUUCCAGCCCAUCCAUGAGAACCCGCUCCUCGGCCCUUCCUAUGCAACUUUGGAGAAGAUGGGGGCUCUUGACUGGGCCAAAGUUGUCCAUGGGCACCAAAUUUCGCGCCUCUUCACCUGCUUCUGGGUUCACGCCGGCCUAAUCCACCUGUUUGUCACCCAGCUGAGCCUCUGCUCCUUUGGGGUGCGCUUCGAGCAGCAAUUUGGCUUCCUGCGUAUUGUGAUCAUCUACCUUCUGUCCGGCUUGGGCGGCAGCGUGCUGUCAGCGCUCUUCUUGCCGGCUGGCUCAGUCUCUGUUGGUGCCUCUGGACCUGUGCUUGGCCUGAUCGGCGCCAUGGUCUCCGAGAUCGCCAUAAACUGGAACGCUUACUCCAACAGGAAGCCUGCCUUGGCGAUUCUUGGGCUCAUAGCCGUGAUCAACAUGGUGAUGGGGAUAUUCCCGCACACUGACAAUUUCACCAACAUUGGCGGGUUCCUGACUGGGUUCCUCCUCGGGUUCCUGGUGCUGGCGGAUCCUGCUCGCAUUGGGUUCUUGCCUCAGUCUAGGACCAGUGAACAACCCAAGUACAAAUCCUACCAUUAUGCUGUCUUUGGCGCCUCACUCCUCCUCCUCCUGGUUGGGUUUGCGGUUGCACUGACGGUGCUGUUCGAGGGCAAGAACGGCGGCGGCGGCGGCGGUGGCCUGUUCCUGAACUGCGUGCCGACGUCCGGAUGGAAGUGCAGCAGCGGCGCCUAGAGACGGUCAGGAUUAAUCCUGAUCCGUUUGGAUCGACCGUCCGUGUCGUGUCUUGUCUGGAAUAAAACCGUCGUAAUCUGCAGGGAAAAACCGUUGGUUUCUAUGCUUGUGCUUGUGUUUUAUGUAUCGAACCUGGUACUUUCACAGAGAGCUGAAUCCUCCCUGUAUGUCUAUGCUGUCCAUGCAGUCUUGCAUAUGAUGUGACGGCUGUGGUUUGA